UAGUCGAUGCAAUAAAUAGAUAUAAGGCAAAUUUAGUAGCGCUACAAGAAACGAGAUGGCAAGGAGAAGGAUGUAUACCAACAGGUAACAUGACAUUAUACUAUGGUGGUCUAACGGCUAAUAAGCGUGAAAAUGGGGUGGGUUUUCUCGUGCACAAUAGUCUAAUACCAUGGAUUAAGCAAUUUAAGGCUAUAAAUGACCGAAUAUGUUACAUUCGGAUCAAUAUGAACCACCGGGACAUGGUAAUAAUUUGCGCAUACGCACCAACCGAAUCAGGAAAUGAAGAAGCAAAAGAUGCCUUUUAUGAAGAGUUGGAACAAGUAUAUGACGCCUUACCAGGCCAUUGCAUUAAAUUAUUAUUGGGAGAUCUGAACGCCCAAGUGGGAAAAGAAAAUGCUUACAAAGCGACGAUUGGAAAACAUAGUCUACACGACCAAAGCAAUGAUAACGGAAUAAGAUUAAUUAAUUUUGCAAUAAGUAAAAAUAUGGUAAUAAGCAGUACAAGAUUUCCAAGGAAAAAUAUUCAUAAAGAAACAUGGUUAUCUCCAGGAGGAAGAUAUAGUAGCCAAAUUGAUCAUGCCCUCAUAGAAAAUAAAUAUAAGACGAUUAUAAAAAACGUCAAAAGCUACAGAGGAGCAGACGCAGACACAGAUCAUUACUUGAUCCUGAUUGACUUCAGAGUAAAGAUAUCCAUGGAAUGGAAAAAGAAACAAAAAAUACUCGGAAAAUACGAUGUGGAUAAAUUAAGAAAUGAAGAAACAUUACGGACAUUUCAAGAAACAGUGACUAAUGUAUUAGGAAAAAAAAGAGAGGGAGUAGAUAAUGAACAGGUUGAGGAGUCAUGGAAAGUAAUAAAAACCUCCAUAACCGAAUCCGCAGAAAAAGUCAUUCAACAUACACAAAGAAAGAAAACAAAGAAAUGGUUUAAUGACAAUUGCAAGAAAGGAAUCAAGGAACGCAAUGAAGCCAGAAUCAAAGCUAUCCACACACCAACCCCCGAGAACUUAAGGGCCUUCCAGGAAAAACGAAGAGAAAUAACUACACUGAUAAGAAAGGAAAAGAGAAUAGCCGAAAAAGAACGAUUAGAGGAGAUUGAAAACUUCAAACACAACCCCAGAGAAUUUUUCAAACGGUGCAAAACAUUUAAAAAUGGAUAUAUACCAGCUAUACAUAUGAUAGAAGAUAAUAAUGGUGCUCUAAUUACAAGACCGGAAAAAAUUGCCGAGGAAUUUAGAAUGUACUUUAAAAAACUUCUUAACAAUGGCUCAACAACGGAAGAAGUAGGCGAACAAGACGACACCAUACAUUAUACAGUUGAACCAGAAGUAUUAAACCCGAGUUUAGAAGAGGAGAUCGGAAGAGGGAAUUCUUAGGAUAGGUGGUCGGUUGAAGGAGUUAGUCAGUUUGGCUAGAUGGUCUGCUAUCUCAUUGCCAUAGAUUCCGACAUGACUCGGGCACCAUAAAAAUUCAACAUUAAUGUCCAUUAAAUAGAGACUAUAAAUUAAGGCUUUAAUUUUGAUUGUGAGGAAGGAUCUACUUUUUUUAAAAGGAACUGAGGAAAGAGAGGAUAAAACUGACAGUGAAUCCGAGACAAUCAGAACAUUUAUUAUAUUGAGUGAUUUGACGAAUUCGAGAGCCGAGGAUAUCGCAUAAGAUUCGGUGGUGAAUGAACAAGCUUUUGAAGGGAGAUUAUCUUAGAAAUUUAUGUUUAGACUAGGAAUAAAAAAGGAAAAACCGGCGGAAUUAGUUUAAACUGAGCCGUCGGAGAAUAUGAGGCAAUAUUUAGCAAACCGAGAUGUAAUGAGUUCAUCAAAAAGAUAACUGACAAAAUUAGUUGGGAGAGAUUGUAAUUGAGGCUUGCUAUAAGAAAUAAAUAGAUGGUUAAAGUGAAUUUUUGGAAAAUGAAUAAGUGCCUGAAAUGGAAUGUCGUAUAUAGGUAGGCGAUUGAUUAAGGUAAUUAUGGAAUUAAGGUAGGGAAUCAAGAUAGUAGCAAUUGAGGCAAGUAUUGGAAGAGCUUUGGGUACAUAUCGCCAAAGUGAGCUUAGUGAAUGAAAACAAUGAAAUAUUAACUUGCAGGACAGGAUAUCGGUUUUAAAAUAAAUUUACGGGCUAUAAGUAACGAGAUCGAAUUUCAAUUGGAGGGCAUACACAUUCUACUUCUAAACUCAUAUUAGAGGUAGAGUAAACUGCACCUAUAAUUGUGCGUAAACAAGCAGCGAGUAGAGAAUUGAUUUUUUUACGAUGAACAGUGGAAGCUGAGGCAUAUAAAAAGGAACCAUAGUCGACUUUAGAGUGGAUAAGAGUCUUAAAAAUAAGUAAGAGCGAGGAGGGGUGGGAGCCCCACCAGGUACUUGCAAUGGAACGUAGAAGAUUAGACCAGCGUUAUAUGGAAGAGAUGAGGUACUUAAUAUGAGGCAUCCAGUGGAGUUUCUGAUCUAGUUUAAGUCCGAGGUAAGUAACACAAUCAGAGAAGGAUAAGCUAACUCCAUCAAGCAAAAUUGAAGGCUGUUGUAGGAUGUGUUUUCUAGUAAAUAUUAAAGCUUUGCUUUUUAUUUUGAUUCAAAAUAGGAAAGCUGGAGUACAGAGGAUCUGGAGUGCAUUAUUUAUAUUCACUACAGUAACCUGGAGUGAACUAUGGGAAGAGAAGAUAACUAUAUCAUCGGCGUAAAGUAAACUAGAAAAAUUAUUAGAUGUGAGUGAUUUGCUUAUAUCAGCAGUAUAUAUGUUAAAUAAAAUAGAACUGAGGCAGCUACCUUGAGGAAGACCUCUUUAAGGAAUACGUUGGUAGGAAGGACCAAACGGUGAUUUAAAGUGAAGCAGGCGACAUUUAAAUAAAGAAAUAUGCACACCGAUAUAGAAAUGUUGAUUGAGAGAAGACUUGUAACAAGAAGAGGGAUGUUAACAGAGUCAAAUGCACCACGAACGUCAACGAA